GAACUUUAUGAAGUUAGAGUCAGUUUCCAGAGUUCAGUUAAUCAUUUAACACGAUGCCUUCGCAAUUACUUAAUUUCUACAUAUUAACCGUAUUUUUGUACUCGGGAACUUUUGCUGCUUUAUUGCCUGAAAAUUUUCGAAUUUGCCAACGAUCGGAUCCCAAUUUGAAUGAAUGCAUUAAGCAAUGCGUUGAGGAUUUUCGAGAAAGAAUGCCCGUUGGUAUUCCUGAGCUCAAUAUACCACCGUUUGAGCCACUGGUCGUUCCCGAAGUCAAACUUGAUAAAGAUUCAGGAUCUAUUUUUGUGCAUUCCACCUACAAAGAUAUUGAAGUUCGCGGACUAUCUGAAUUCAAUAUUAAAAAACUAAUCGCUGAUAUAAACAACAAUACGCUGGUGAUGGAGUUGUACUUUCCAAUUAUAAAAAUAAAAGCCAAUUAUACCCUAAUGGGGAAAAUUAUGAUGCUGCCGCUUGUAGGAGAAGGAAUAUGCAAUGCGAAUUUAUCUAAUGUGAAGGUUCUUGCAAGUGUUGUAGGAAAUCGUUACUUUAUAAAUGGCAAUGAACACUUAAGAAUUGACGAUGUCAAAAUUAGGUACAAAAUUAAAGACACAAAAGUGCAUUUAGAUAAUUUAUUCAAUGGCGAUAAUGCUUUGGGCGAACAGAUGAAUUCGCUUUUAAAUGAAAAUUGGGGAUCUCUAUCCGAAGAGAUGCAACCAAUUAUAGAGGAUGGAAUGGCUGAGGUAUUGCAAAAAACAACUGAGAAACUAUUCCAAAUGUAUACUUAUGAUCAAUUGUUACCGGAAUAAAUUUAAGAAAUGAAAUAAAUAUUUAUUUGUA